AUGGAGAAGAAGGAAAGCAUCUCUGAAUACUUUGCAAGAACAUUGGCUAUGGUCAAUCAAAUGAAGGCCAAUGGGGAGGAUAUCAAGGAGCUGCAGAUUGUGGAGAAGAUUCUUCAAACCUUGAUGGAGCGGUUUGAAGGAAAAGUCAUAGCCAUUAAGGAGUCCCAAGACCUUAAUGCUAUGACAGUGGAUGAUUUGAUGAGUCCCUUGCAGGCCUAUGAACAAAGGCUGGAUGAGAAGUCGGAGAUGGUGAUUGAAGAAGCAUUGCAUACUCAAUUAAGCCUCAAAAAGGAAAGAAAUUGGUCGCCACGUGGUGAGUCAAGCUCAACUCAAAGGAAUCAAAGUUCAAGUUACAAGAGAGGUUCACAAGGCAGAUUUGGAGCAAGAAGAGGAAAAGGAAAGGGCUUCCAUUGGAGUCAACGACGAGAUAGAUCGAAUGUCCAGUGCUUUAAUUGUCAUGGUUAUGGUCAUUACAAGAAUGAGUGCAGCUUGAGAAGGUCAGAGAACAAGCAGUUUCAUGCCAAGUUUGCAGAAGACAAUGAUAUCAAUGAGGAGACUUUGUUGAUGGCUUUUAGUGCAAUGAGUAAUGGACAUAUCACAUGGUACUUGGACACAGGUUGCAACAAUCAUAUGUUCGGCCACAAGGAGUUGUUUGUUGAGCUGAAUGAGUCAAUACGAGCUGAGAUUACAUUUGGGAAUGCUGCAAGGAUGCCGGUUAAAGGAAAAGGCAAGAUCUUUAUCAGAUUUAUAUUAUGUGCCUAG